AUGGCUGUAGGGAACGCAAAUCGAUCCGUCGGGCGAACCAAUAUGAAUGAACACUCCAGUCGGUCUCAUGCAAUUUUUAUCAUUACCGUAGAAUGCAGUGAAAUGGGUGAAGAUGGCGAAAAUCAUAUACGGGUUGGACGUUUAAACCUUGUCGAUUUGGCUGGUAGUGAAAGACAAGCGAAAACUGGUGCUACUGGCGAGAGAUUCAAGGAAGCUACAAAAAUCAACUUAUCAUUAUCGGCACUUGGCAAUGUGAUCUCUGCUUUGGUAGAUGGUAAAAGUACUCACAUACCGUAUCGAGAUAGUAAACUUACAAGAUUACUUCAAGGUAACGGAAUUCGUAGCAAACUUGGAUGCUCCAAAAUGUGCUUUUUAGAUUCGCUUGGAGGAAAUUCAAAGACCGUGAUGGUAGCAUGCAUAGGGCCAGCUUCCUAUAACUAUGAGGAGACGCUGGGUACUCUCCGAUACGCCAACAGAGCUAAAAAUAUCAAAAAUAAGCCAAAAAUCAACGAAGAUCCCAAGGAUGCCAUGUUACGAGAGUUCCAGUGGUGGGACGAGGAUGAAGGUGGAGAAGGUCCCGCCGAGUAUGGGUUGCAAGAUUUACGAGCCUGCUAA